GGCGGCUGAUUGAUUGUGUUAAGCUCUUUCAUACAUAGAAAGCUGCAAAAUCUUGUAUGACAGUGCAUUAAUGGAAUGGUCAGGUCAAGGAGGUCUCUUUUUUUUGAAGCGAAUCUUUGCAUCCUUGCACUUGAGCAAGAAUUUGCUGAUCAACUAACUGCCCUCAACCAAUUUAGACAAGAAAACAAAAAUUCAUGCAGGCACAAAGGUUUCAGUUCACUUCGGAAUUCUGGGAGUACGUGCAGUUGAGCGAGGGAGGUAGGCCAGUAUGCUCCUCAAGUGAAAGAAACUUGUUUCUUGGAACGAAUGUUGGUUUGUAUUUAGGAAACUCGAGAAUCGAGAAUUAUCAAAACGGCCGACUAUAUCUAACAAAUUUGCGCCUCAUCUAUGUCCCAUUCGCAUCCAACGAGGCUUUGGAGAAGAACUUAGGUUUGUCACUGAGUCUAGCCUACAUCGAAAACCUUCAAUUUCAAGCAGGAUUCAUGAGAUCAAGUCCAAAAAUUCUUUUAACUUUGACUAAAUUAUCUCCAGAUCUAGGGUAUGAUACGGUCCAUAAUUCUCUAGAUUGGAAAUGCACCAUAUGUUCUCAUUUGAAUAAAUGUGAUCUAAAGUUGGUAUGUGGGUUGAAUGUUCCGAAAUGUGAAGUUUGCGGAGUUAGCGCCAACGUCUACGAGCUUAAUAAGCUCAAAGUUGAGAAGCAAAACAAUUCUCGAUCGAAAGCAUACAAGAGGGGCCAUUAUUACACUAGUUCCAAUCAAAUGAUCUGCACAAAUGAUCCUGCCAAUAGGUUGCAAGAAAGCGGAAGUGUAAACUCGCAGAAACAUAAUUUACCGAAUGCAAUAUCAUCAAAAUCAAAACCGAUUUUUUGUCUAUCCGUUAAAAUCGAUGAUAUAGAUCAGUUCAGUUUCAAGCUAAGCUUCAGAAAUGGAGGGGCUCGAACAUUUUAUGACAAACUGGAGUUUGCUCUCGGACAAGCCAAAUGGUUACAUGCAGAUUCAAGAUAUCAGGUCAAUGCUGGUGCUUUGAAAGUGGCGCGAUAUUCCUUUCCAACUGAUACUGACAUUCAGUCAACACCAUCGAACAUGACCUCAAUUUUGAAUCUUGAGUCCACUGAAAAACGCGCAGGUAUUCAUGGACUGGAAACGCUGACUUCUCUAAAAAAUAGUGAAGUUUCCACAUUUCUCAACAGCUCGCUCAGAGACCUACAGAACUUGAUGAAUAAAAGCAAGGACUUGGCGAAGAUUGGAGAUGACUAUAGGCGAAUGUUGAUGAGCGGUAAAACUGUAGAUAAAGAAGUUGGUCAUGCAGUCGAGCUUCUCUCGCGAUCCAGAAAUUCGUUGAAGUUAUUGGGAAAUUUACUGGACGAUCGAGAAACUAUCAAUGAAGCUAAUGACUUCUAUACUGUCGAGUCACUCAAUUUACUUAAGCAAGCGAGUGGCACACAAGCUGAGUCGUCUCUUUACGUGGAGGAACUUUCUCGACAAGUGUACGACUUCAUCGUUCAGGAGAAUAUACUCAGAGACAAAAAUGGACUAGUCACUGCCCUUGAUCUCUACUGUCUCUUCAAUAAAAGAAAAGGAUUUUACUCAGUUUCUCCUCGCAACUUCCUUCUUGCAACAGUCUCCCUUGAACGAUACAAUCCUGAUUUGCAGCUAAUCGAGUUACAGCUACAAUCUCUUCAAAAGGUAGAGGGGAAAGCAGAGGGGGGCACAACUGAAAAGGCUCGUUCGCUUUAUGCUAUCUGUUCUUCGAGGAUGAAUGCCAAAUCCAUUUCGAGAUCAAUUUUAGAUGUUCUGGAGUCCGGCGUAUCUGGAGGCUAUUCUGCCUUAGAGUUUCAAAAUAUGUGUUCGAUACAGACGAAUUUACUUUUACUUCAAUCGGUCCUAAACGCACUGACUCGAGAUGGUGUUUUGUGUGUCGAUUCAACCCUACAAGGUGAAAAAUAUUUUAGGAACGAGAUCGUUCAAUUCAGGGCCUAAUGCUAAGUACAUCAGGAUCCUCACGCAAACUCCAACAUUGUAUCAGUCGAUAUUUUUAAUAGGUAGUCACGAUAUCAAUAUUUGGAAUCCUCCAGACAAAUUAUUCAGUUCUUUUUAUGAUUGUACUUUGAAUCAGGGACCCCAUCAUUUGAUAAUAAUGGCAUGUUCUGUAACCCUUUAUUUCCUCCUUGUAUGUCCGUUUCCGUACCCUUCGCGUUCACGUUCUGCAACUGAACCAACCUCGGUAAGUUUUCUAUUUGUUCAAUGACAAAAUUGCGUUCCACUGUAAAAAGUUCAUCUUCCUUCCUAUCAUUGGCAAAGGUUCUCAGAAACUGCAAAAGGCGCUCACGAUUUUUCGUCAGUAUUUCAAUUAUGCUUUUUGAUUUUCUUGGGUUGGCAAUGAAUAUCUUGAAUACAUUAAAUGAUUCAAAUUGUACGUUCUUAGAUUUGUCACCCAGAAGAAUCAUGAUCAACUUCAGGUUAUGCGGCGAGUUCACGUAAGUAGUCAUAAGAUUGUAGUUAGGCUUAUCUAAAAUGAGCUUGGCGAGCAGUUUCACAGAUUGUCUUUUUGUGACAUAAUUCGGGGACACUAUUAACCUGUUGAUUCUGUCAAUGAAUUUGUUUAGAUUAGAGUUGAAGAAUUCACUUGCGACCAGUUUGUGGGUGGUCAAAAAGUCACUUAAAGUUAGAAAGGCUUCUGUUGAUGUUUCAAAUGAACCAUAUUCACAAUAAUCAAAAUAAUUCCAGAAAAUGGGUUUGAAAAUGAGGUAUUUUGCAAUUUGUUCGUACUUAAUUGCCUCGCGCAACAUAUGCCCGGUGUUAAUUGAGAUUUCCGGAUUUUCUGGUCCCUUCAUCAACAGAGUUAAUAUUUGAGGUCUUUGCAGGAGAUGAUCGACUGUAGGCGACCGAUUGACAAUUUUGCGUCUCAAAAGUGAUGUGAAUAAGAAACUCACAAUCUUGCGCGCAUCAAACUCAAUUAAGGGCAGAUUUUGGAUCAAAAGAUAUAAGCAAUCCGUACUAUAGAUCUCAUGUGCUAGCUGAGCAAUUUGAUCUGGCUGUGAGUCUGGUAAAACACCAUUUGACUCGUCCCCUCUCCCAGUCAAUAUUCCCUUGAUAGACAUCAGGUAUCUUGUUAUUUCGUCCUGUGCUUUCUUCCCAUCGCUUACCGUUUCCAAUUUAGUGAGGUGGUCAUUCAUCGCCCUUACCAGUUCAACUGGGCUUUUGGGAUUCCGUUUGAACAGAAAAGCCAUGUCUCGAUUUUUGUAACCUGUGGCGCUCACCUCAAAUUGGAUUUCAGCAAUUGGGUACUAUGAAGUAAUAAUUAAACUUGCAAUACGCCCUAGAAGUCUUGUGAGUGACUGAUUAGGAAUUCGGAACAAAAGAGUUCUCAAACUGUUAAUUAUGAGUGUUCCUAUGAUAGCGCUUAUAGCAAUUUUUGAAAUGAGCCAGUUAAGAACAAUCAAAUUGUUCGCCUGUCAAGAGCUUUUGAGCGAUGAUAUCAAUUCAAG